AUGGACUCUUUUCUAUCAGUCUUGAUUGGCUGGUGGAAACUCUCAAUCUUUUUUUGUAUGUAUUUAAAACAAUUGACGAGAAUCAUGUCCACCGAAGUCAAACAAACAUCAUUAUCGAUCAAUCUUCAAAGAUCUUACGGUCAAGGAUCAGAGCCAAAAACAUUAGUCGAAUUCGACCUUAUGCGAUUGAGUGCUGACAUUCGAUCGAAAUUAAAUUGGUAUGAAAAAAUGAAGAAUGACACAAUUCGCAAUAAAUGGAAGCAAGAAGCUUUGCAGCAAAGUCGUCUUACCGAGAAACAAAUCGAUUAUGUUCUUGCCGAAUUAGAAUAUUAUGAUUCAAUACGAGAUGGACCCAUAGAAAUGGCUACUGUUGACGGUGUAUGGCAGAGUGACGACUUAGUACAUGCUGAUAUGAAAAAUUCGUUGAUCGAAUGCGUGAAAACUUUAGAAAACGUGCCGAAGAAUGAACAAGAUUGGCAUCCUGGUACUAACAAUCAAGUUUUAGAUUUAGUUCAUCCAUCAUUAUUUUGUUUUGUUAAUCAAGUGUCAAGAAUUAUCAACGAUACCAAUCUGACGAUUAAUGUGACUAAUGCUCUGCAGAGCAUUGGUAAGGGUACACCUAUUGACAUUAACUUAAAAAGUCUACUUCCAGCAGACAGACAAAAACAGAAAUCCGCAGAUUACACGCGAUCAGAAACAUACCAGUGGUUACCAACUGAAUUUCAUGUUUCAAGGGAUGGUGAAGUCAAAAUUGAAUCAUAUAUUAACAAUUUACAUCCGGUUAAACAUAAAGGGCUGUACUUGUUUAUCGAACAAAUCUUUCAGCGUUUUAUUCCCUUGUUUAACAAGGUGUUAACUGAUUUAAUUAAUGAUCAGGGUAAGCCCAACCGAAUCAAAGUUGAUCCUCAUAGAUGGUACGCUGAUUCCGAACCAGCUGUAAAUGAUAACGAUGAUGAUGAUGAUGAUGAUGACGAUGUAGAUACUAGAUCAAUUAUAAUACCGGAUGUUAAUGAGUUUCAAAUACCGUCACCAUUGACUUCAAAGAUUGAUUUACGAGGAAGAAAACUUCAAGUGAUUGUUAAAUUAGCAAAUAUUGUGUUAACACCAGAUAAUCCUACGUAUCCGGGUGGUGUUUGGCAUGUCGAAGGAAUGGAGAAUGAACAUAUUGUUGCUACAGGCAUCUAUUAUUAUUCCAGUUCAAAUUUGACGCAAUCCGAUUUACAAUUUCGAACUGUGAUACGUGAACCCAACUAUGAACAAGAUGAUAGACGAGGGGUGGAAACAGUAUAUGGUUUAGUUGAUAAUAUACCCUUGAAUCAACCGUUAGGUAGCGUAAUUACGAAAGAAGAUCGCUGUAUUGCAUUUCCUAACAUAUAUCAACAUCGUGUUGCACCAUUUCAACUGAACGAUCCAACUAAAAUCGGCUAUCGGAAAAUUCUAGUAUACUUCCUAGUCGAUCCAUCUCUUCGAAUAUUGUCGACUGCUCAUGUUCCACCACAACAGUCUCACUGGUAUACUGAUCUCAUCCGACCUAUGCCUCCUUUCAAAUACUUACCGUCGAUAGUUGUCGAUAAGAUCAUGAAUUAUGUUGAUUUCCCUAUGACAAUGACUCAAGCAAAACAACAUCUAAACGAUAAGGAGAACCAAUCCGUAGAUAUGGCUCAAGUUCACGCACUCAACGGAGAGACUCGCACGGAAACUGAUACAUUCGGUUCAAUUGGAGUUCCAGCUAAAUAUUACUAUGGUGCUCAAACAGCACGUUCCAUCAUGAACUUCGACAUCGGACUUCCUACAGACCGAAUGCCUCUACCGUUAAUCGAAGCUUUUGGUUUAUUGAAAAAAGCCUGUGCAAUUGUCAACAAACAGUUUAAACUUGAUACCCAAUUAGCCGAUGCUAUAUGUCAAGCGUGCGAUGAAAUCAUCGCCGGAAAAUGGAACGAACAUUUCCCAUUGAGUAUUUGGCAAACAGGAUCGGGCACACAGACCAAUAUGAAUGUCAAUGAAGUCAUUUCUAAUCGAGCAAUCGAGAUUCUCGGUGGAACUAUGGGAAGUAAAACACCUGUUCAUCCAAACGAUCAUGUGAACAAAAGUCAAAGUUCAAACGAUACAUUUCCCACAGCAAUGCACAUUGCUGCUGCACUGGAAUUGACUCGUCGAUUGUAUCCGGCAUUGAAACACUUGCACAGUAAAUUGAAAAAGAAAUCGGAAGAGUUCUCCUCGAUUUACAAAAUCGGACGAACACAUCUGCAAGACGCAGUACCAAUGACACUUGGCCAAGAGUUUUCAGGUUAUACACAUCAAGUCGCAAUGAGCAUUGAGCGAUUACAAACAUGCGAAACGCGCUUGUAUCAAUUAGCAAUCGGCGGAACAGCAGUCGGAACGGGUAUCAACACGCCGAAAGGUUUUGGAAAAUUCGUUGCUCAAACACUGGCUGAACUUACUCAAUUGCCAUUUGUUGAUGCACCGAACAAAUUCGAAGCAUUAGCUACGCAUGAUACAAUGGUAGAACUUAGUGGUGCACUUAAUACAUUAGCUGUUAGUUUGAUGAAAAUUGCCAAUGACAUCCGCAUGUUGGGUUCGGGACCUCGAUGUGGUAUAGGCGAAUUGAAAUUACCGGAAAAUGAGCCUGGCAGUUCGAUCAUGCCUGGUAAAAUUAAUCCGACACAAUGUGAAGCAAUGACCAUGGUCGCUGCACAAGUUAUGGGAAAUCAUGUUGCUGUAACCGUCGGUGGCUCAAUGGGUCAUUUCGAACUGAACGUGUUCAAACCAUUGAUUAUCAAAAAUGUCCUCCAUUCAAUACGAAUCCUAGCUGAUGUGUGCAACUCGUUUACUGACCAUUGUGUUGUAGGAAUUGAACCCAAUACGGCAGUUUUGGAACGAUAUAUACAAGAAUCCUUGAUGCUAGUGACAGCAUUAAAUCCGCACAUUGGUUACGAUAAAGCUGCACAAAUUGCUAAGAAAGCACAUAAAGAAGGAACUACAUUACGUGAAUCCGCAUUGGCGCUCGAAUACUUAACCGGUGAAGAAUUUGACAAAUACGUCAAUCCAAAGGAUAUGGUUUAA